UGUUUGUACUCGCCCUUUCAGACCUCGAGCAGUGUGUGUGUUUGUGUGUGAACCACAACAGGCAACAACAACAACACCUAAAAAAAAAACAACAACACACACGCGCAUCUCGCAUCCGGAAACUUGAGCCCGGCGAGUCUGUGAUGAUGUCCACGUUCGGGCGCUUUACGCACGCCGUGGUCCGCGCGGUCCCGCGGUCUCUGGCCACAGAAGCGCUCCGCACCGAGAGUCUGGGCGAGCUGGACCUGCCGAGAGCCCAGCAGGAGCACGAGCUGUACGUGUCGGUCCUGAAGCAGCGGCUCGGGCUGGAGGUGCUGGAGCUGCCCGCGGACGAGGCGUUGCCGGACUGCGUGUUCGUGGAGGACGCGGCGGUGGUGUGCGGAGACACGGCGCUCAUCACGAGACCCGGGGCCGAGAGCAGGAGGAACGAGACGGUGGCCAUGAAAGAUGCGUUGACGAAGCUCGGCCUGAAUAUCGUUGAGAUGACCGAUGAAUCGGCCACACUGGACGGAGGAGAUGUCCUGUUCACAGGGAAAGAGUUCUUCGUGGGAUUAUCCAAGAGGACCAAUCAGAGAGGAGCGGAGAUCCUGGCCGACGCAUUCAAGGACUACGCCGUGUCCACAGUCCCAGUGCAGGGCCAUCUCCACCUGAAGAGCUUCUGCAGUAUGGCCGGCCCAGACCUCAUCGCCAUCGGCUCCAGCGAAGCCGCGCAGAAGGCCCUGAAGAUAAUGCAGCAGAUGAGUGAUCAUAAAUAUGAUAAACUGACGGUUCCUGAUGAUCUGGCUGCGAACUGCAUCUACAUGAACCUUCCUGGGAAAGGAGACGUUCUUCUGCACUGCACACCGGAGGAGUUUCCUGAGAGCGUCAAGGUGUUUGAGAAGCUGAAGGAUCACAUGCUCAUCCCAGUGUCCAAUCAUGAGAAAGUGAAGGUUGACGGCGCUUUGACCUGCUGCUCGGUGCUCGUGUGCAAGAAUAGCGCCUGACACACACACACGCACACACAACUACAUACAGCCACACACACACUCACACACACAACUACAUACAACCACACAGACACACACACACUCACUGGAGUUAUCUAGGUUUAUAUCAGCUUUUUGAACAACAGGGAAUAUAAAAACAUAUAAAAACAUACUUUCAGGACCUGUCUGUUCAAUUUUUACAUUUAUAUUUUCUACCUUGCAACUCUCUCGCGGGUCAGUGAGUUAAAACUACUAAAGUUUUGGAAAAAAAUCCUCUGAUCGAAACCUCAGACCCCAAAGUGUAGCUGUAAACUGCCUAAAAUGAAAGUGUGUGUUGCUGUAACGUGCGUCGAGCGCCACAGACGACAACACAUGGAGUCAGAAAUAGUUUUAUGAGCAUUUGAACUGUAUUCUCAGCGCGUUCGUUUACAAUCUGCACAUGUGAUGCAAGCCAUUGUCAAGGACAUUUAGUGAGGCAUUGAAGAACAGAAAUAGAGACCCAAGAGAAAAGCAUUGCAUUGUGGGAGACAGUAUUGGUUUUUCCUCGCUGCAUUCCUUCAGCUGUAAACAUGCUCCGCUGCAAUGGCUUAUGGGUAAUAUAGGGGGAAGGAGCUAGCAUGCACUAUGAUUUGGGGCGCUAAUUCUAAUCAACAAUUCGGGAUGGAAAUUGCGUGAAUUAGACUAGUUUUCAAGACGUAAACAGGCAACGUGUUCUGGCAAUGUUUCCUCAACGUUAUGAACAAAUAAAACGUUCGUUCAAAGUUAUCUGGUCUUUAAUAACGUUCUCUAAAUGUUAGCACAAAAACAUUUAUUUGAAUGUUCGCCUAACGUUUUUAAAAAAAUGUUUCUAUUUGUUUCAAAACGUUAAGAAAACAUUUGAAAGUACCGUUUGAAGGAUGAUAAAACCGGAAUGUUUGCGCAACGAUUCGUUAGCAAGAAAGAAUUCCUUUUUAAACGCUUUGUGAAACGUUUAUAACAUUUGCAAAACAUAUUUUUGUUCGCGUUUAGUCUGAUUUAGCUCAUGUAUUAGGUUUCAUGUGUACUUGACUCUAGAGUUUGAAUUUCUGUGUAAUGACAAAUUGGGUCCCCCUCAAAAUUGGGUCUCUUUUCGGACCCCAAGCAAUAGGUUAAAAUUGCUUUUAAGGUACUCUUUUUAGCGCCUGAUUUAAAUUCCUCCAAAAUCCUGUUUGAUAAAUAGAUUCGACUACAUUAUAACGACCAUUUAUGUCUGUAGCUUAGCCUGCUUCUAGCAAUAAGCAAUUAGCCUGAUAGCUUAGUUUACACACAUUUGCAAUAUUCUCAAUCAUCUUUAAUGUAAUUUUGAAUUAAAUUAACGUUAAAUAUCCUCCAAUUUCAGUUACAAAUAAAACAAAUGAAUGAUGUUCAAUUAUUCAUGUUAAUCAAGUGUAAGAAUUAUGUUUAAUUGGUUUAUUAUGCACUAAUGUGUUUUCGCACGCAUACCUGUGGUUAUUUUAAAUUAAUAUAAUUCAUAUAGGCUACUUAGGAUAGUCAUUAAUUGACAGUUUAGGGAGACCAGAUUUGUCAUGACACGUAGGCUACGGGUGUUUUCUGCGUUUGACAAUUAGCUAACGUUGCUAAUCUGCCUAGCUGCAUAGCUUCCUCAGUCACAGUUUAGCGCCUUUUUUUACUUUAUCAUGUGUGAAGGAUUCUCCGAACUGAAGAGACAGAUUCAUUCUCUGUCAUAACUCAUCGGUUUAUAAGAGAAAAUGCGGAUUUAAAGCCCAGAGUCGCGGGCCAGCAGCAGUUAAACUGGAUUUACAUUUGUGCUAAACAAUCCUUCGAUGACGACGACCGUUAAACACUUCGGCAGCCUUUUAUAAAAAUGUGAAUUAUGCUGUCAUCAUCUUACGACAUCUCAUUCUUUAUCUCAUGUGGAUGCUUUGCAAAACACGUUAUCGUUAUUUCUCUGCCAGACACUUGUAAAAUAGCUCGUAUAAAAUGGCCGGCCGUAACGCAUCCAAGUCACACUGUAUGAGAUCACAGUCGUAAAGAAGCAGUGUUUACUAGUUUAACUUCUACUAUUAUUCGCUCAUCCUGAAGGAAUCCGUGUUUCCUCGUGGAUUGGAGAACCGAGCGCGUGAACUUCCAUCCAACCCGGAGUUUCAGCUGAGAUCUGUCAUAUCUGGAAGCUCAUUUCCACCAGAAAAAAAAAUGAUUCGGUAAAUCUUAAUAAUGACAUAUAAAAUACAAAUUAUGACGUUAGUAAAAGUAGUAAAACGUAAAACAUAGUAAAACGUUUAACUUUGUCAUUUUUAUAAAGUGAAAUUAUGACAUGGCAUCCUAGAUUAAAAAGUAGAGACAAAACAGUCAUAAUUAUGAAGUUUCAUAAAUUCAAUGUUUUAUCAAUUUUGAAUCCCCCUUUUUAUGUCGCACUUAAAGGGAUUCACCCAAAAAUGAAGAGUAGCCUCAUUCCCUCACCCUCAAGCCAUCAGAUAUGUGACUUUAUUCUGUCAGCCAAACACAAUCUGAGUUAAGAAUAUCCUGGCUCUCCCAGCUUUAUAAUGGGAUUGAGCAGAGCCUGCGAUUUUGAAGACCAAAAAAAUAAAAGUAAUCUAUACAGGGUUAAAGGUUUUAUGAAGUGAUGUGUUUGUGUAAGAAAAAUAUCCUCAUUUAUAAACUAUAAUCACUGGCUUCCGGACUGAGUUUCGGCGGAAGAGUGACUUAUAGGCUAAAGUUAAAAAUAUGGAUUUUUCUUUUUUUUUUUUUUUAGACUUUUUAAGUCAAAAAUUAUAACUGAUUUAGUGUGUCAUUUUGUCUUUUCAUCAUGAGACAUAAUUUAGAAUAUUUGUCAUAUUCAUGGUUUACAAAAGCAUUUUUUUUUCUUAAAUUGUGGAAAUGGUCUACCAUAGAAAUCUGUCAUCAUCUGUCUCAGAUCUGCCGUAGUUUAUGUUCUUGUGAUCUUGUUCUGGCCGAUGGAUCCGUCAGAGUGACUCAGGACUUUUAGUGAGCCAUGAUCCCUUUAACACUGUGUAUUUGUAAUGAUUUGGUUGUUUGUUAAAUAAAGCAGCUUGUGAAUGGA